GAAACCACAGAGUGCUCCGGGCUGACUUCCCUUCCAGUGUUUGUUCCUCUCUGCCCUCUCCAACAGAAGGUAUUUUUGGCAUGUUUAUCUUAUCUUUGCUAAGUAGGAUUUCUGUCUUUCUUUGUUAACACAGAUUUCUUUCUGUGCCAGAAUGACUUGAUCCAUUUCCUGGUUUGUGGAAAGCCAUGGCUUCAGAGGGUGCUUCCUCAGAAAUCAUAGAAAAACAACGAACAAAGUUGCUCAGUGUCCUCCAACAAGAUCCAGACUCUAUCUUGGACACGUUAACCUCUCGGAGACUGAUUUCUGAGGAGGAGUAUGAGACUCUAGAGGCAAUUACAGACCCUCUGAAGAAAAGCCGGAAGCUGUUAAUUUUGAUCCAGAAGAAGGGAGAAGACAGCUGUUGUUGUUUCCUCAAGUAUCUGUCUAAUGCCUUUCCAGAGUCAGCUUCCACCUUGGGUUUAAAGCAGGAAGUUCCACCGCAGGGGACUGGAGAGGUUGUCGAGGUGAGCAGGGGUUUGGAAGAUCCCUUUUCUCUUGGGACCAUAAUCCCGGAGAUAGCAGAGCUCUCAGAAGAGAAAGAAUGCCUCAGUCUGGGAGCUCCGGAGUUCUUCACCUGCAAGGAAAGUAGCCACAGGGAACCGGCAGUACCCUCUUGGGAGAACCAGGAAGGGCGUGGUGCACAGCAAGUCACCGCUCCACGUUCAGUCAAAGGAGUUGAGUAUGAAGUUCCAGCAAGUAUCUCCCUCUUAAGCGACGGGCAGAGAUACGAGGAGCCAGAUGAUUCUCUGUACUUAGAAGAAGGGGAAGAUGAAGAGUCUCUUGGGUACCCUGAAGAUGUUUUGGAGGAAGGGGCCGGCGAUGACUCACAGUGCUUUGUAUAUGAUAGUGAGGAGGAAUGCGAGUAUGAGGAAAACAUGGGCUCCUCCAGUGAAGACAGUAGCUGCGACGACGCUUCAGAGACCUGCGUUCCAUUGGAAGAGGAGAAAAGCGCUGAAGAAAGAAAAAGAGUGUUUCAACACGUCCUGUCCUGUUUGAACAUGGACAGAAGCAGAAAGCUUCUCCCGGAGUUCGUGAGGCAGUUUUCCAUAGACCGAGGAUGUGAGUGGACGCCCAAGACCCCAGGAGACUUAGCUUGGAAUUUCUUGAUGAAAGUUCAGGCUUUAGACUCGACAGCCAGAGAUUCUAUCCUGAGGCCCGAGGUGGCGGGUGAAGAGAAUGAAGAAGAAUUGCCGGCUGGAAUAGAGAAGUUAGGCAUUGGAGACCCCCAAACCAUCCAUCCCCUGGAUGUCCUCUGCGCCUGCAUGCUUUGUGCAGACAGCUCCUUGCAGCGUGAAGUCAUGUCAAACAUGCACCAAUGCCAGUUUGCUCUUCCCCUGCUACUGCCAGAUGCUGAGAACAACAAAAACCUCUUAAUGGUAGGGGCCAUGAAGGACUUAAAGCAGCCCUCAGCACAGCCCUCAGGAGGGCCCCUCAGGGAAACAGACACAUUUCUGGGUCUCACAAAGAUGCCUGUCAUCUCUUUUGUGCGACUAGGGCACUGCAGCUUCUCCAAGUCCAGAAUUGUUAACACACUGCUCAGCUCCUCUCAGCAGAAACCACACCCGUUUUUCCUCCAUCGGGAUCUGUCUGUCCCUGUGCUUCCUCGGCAAAUUUCUGACGGCCUGGUGGAAGUGACAUGGUGUUUUCCUGACAAGUUGCUGAAGGAAAGCCCGCGUGCUUUCCAGAAACCUGUUGCUGUGGCCAACCUUCGUGGAGAUUUAGAAAGCUUUUGGAUACAAUUUGGUUUCCUGGUAGAAGUUUCCUCCGGUCUUUUCUUUUUCACAGACUGCCUUGGUGAGAAGGAAUGGGACUUGCUAAUGUUUUUAGGAGAGGACACCAUUGAACGGUGCUACUUUAUCCUCAGUCCCCAGGCUAAGGAGAGUGAAGAAGCCCAGAUUUUCCAAAGGAUCCUAAAACUGAAGCCAUCUCAGCUACUGUUUUGGGAAGCUGAGGAAGCUGGGGAUAGAAGGAAGACUAUGGAGGCCCUUCAAGCUGCCCUCCAGGAAGUAAUGUUCUCUCCACUCAGAUGUGUGUCCCUUGAAGAGAUGGCCUCUCUGGCCAGGGAGCUGGGCAUUCAGGUAGACCAAGACUUUGAAGUUACUCAAGAUAUUCAAGUUUCCCCCAGAACAGUUGAAGGUGAAAACCAACAACCAUGUAGUCAGACCAAAAGCCCGGCUGAAAGCGGAGCUCAGGAGCCAAUCAGAGAGCCAGGGGCUCAAUGUGACGACGGUCAGAAUGCUCCGGUUUUCCAUCAGACUCCAGUAUACAUGCCUUAUCCAGCACACCCAUGGCCUAUGCCCAUCAAGGCUGGAGGUAACUUUUACCACGUUCCUUUGAAUGCCCCCUGGAUUAUGGGCUCCCACUUCGGAUCACAGCAGAGGGCUAAGUGGUUCUUUCCAUUCCCACACCAGAAUACAAGUGUUCACAGCAGAGGUCAAAACUUUAGUAUUAAAUAUUUCCAACCCUGGAGAUGUUAUUCAAGGGGAAGAUUCACAAAUUGUUCAGCAAAGUCUCAGCAGAAUCAGAAUGGACCAUUUGGGAGAUCGCAGAGACAGACUUCAUCCCUAGGAGAACAGGCAGACAUCAGAACUCUGAGGUCUGGGAUAGCGCCCUCCGUUGGUCUCAUACAUUCUCUGGUUGCAAGCAACAAAGCCACAGGAAGCCACACCUGAAAGCCCCGUGCCCAGGGGAUGCAGCUGACUAAAGCAGCUGGAAAAUCUAUAAGGACACAGUCCCAUAUUAAACAUCCACACCCUCAGCCCUGUCAGCCAGCAGGAGCCAUUCAAGAACGAAUAAUACCCACUUCUCAUCAAGAAGCCCAACGAACAACACAGGGGAGGCCUUCAGAUCUGGCUUUCAAACCAGGCUCUCAAUCUACAUCUGGGAAUAAACAUUCAUCUGCCUCCCAUCCACCCAACUUCCAGAGCAAACACUUCCAGCCUAAGCCCUUUCAACCCGUGCCUUCUCACUCCCAGCCUUCCCAAGCUAAACCCACUCAUCUGAAUCCCUCUCAUGCUAACCCCACUCAUGUGCAGCCUUCCCAUGCUAAACCCACUCACUCUCAGGCCUUCCAAGCUAACUCCCACCAUCCCCAUCCCUCCCAUGCUAAACCCACUCAUCUGAAUCCCUCUCAUGCUAACCCCACUCAUGUGCAGCCUUCCCAUGCUAAACCCACUCACUCUCAGGCCUUCCAAGCUAAACCCACUCCCUCUCAGACCUCUUGGAGCCAAGCUAACUCCCAUCAUCCCCAUCCCUCCCUUGCUAAACCCUCUCAUUCAAAUCCCUCUCAUGCUAACCCCACUCACGUGCAGCCUUCCCAUGCUAAACCCGCUCAUCUACAGUCCUCCCAAACAAAACCCUCCCCAUCCCAAUCUACUCAGUUCACGGCACACAAACCUCAGAAGUCCCAGUCUAAGCCUUCUCAGCAGAGACCCAGUCAGCCUAAAUCAUCCCAGACCAAGCCUUCACAGGCCAGGGCCUCCCACCCAAGAGCAGGGAGACGUUGAAGAACAUACUCUGGAGAUCUAUGAAAUAAAAUAUGGUCUUUGCUUAAGUUAUUCUUCUCAUAUAGCAGUCUGAAGAAAAGUUUUAGUGAAAGACUGAUAAAAGUAGCAAAACCAAAAAAAAAAAAAAAUUAUGCAAAGUCUUAAGUGCAUAGCAAAGUAUCCAAGUGCGGAAAAUAUGAAAGCAGUUAAAAGUAGAAUCUGGCUGGGCAUGGCGGCACACAUCUACAGGGUUUAGCAUGGGAGGGCUCUGUCAUCCCAACUCAGGAGAAGCGGGAAGAUCUCUGUGUGUUUGAGGCCAGUCUGGUCUACAUAACAACGACACAGCAAGUCCUAGAUCAGCCAUAGUACAUAAUGAGACCCCAUCUGGGGACAAAAGGGUUGGAUCUAACAUCAAACCAAAGAGAUCAGUCAGUAUUCCAGAAGGCAUCAUUAAUUACACUCAGUGGGUUACCACAACCAAACCAAACUGACAACUAACCCCCUAAAGGAGCAGGAAGGAGUGGGUGGGUGUUAGGCUGAGCAGGGUGGGGAAGAGCUGAGGAUAGAUAAGGUCAUCGUAUACAGGUAUGGAACUGUCAAAAAUCAUAAAUGCAAGAUGAGAAACAGUGGAAUCUAAGGCUACAUAAACUCAGUGAGUCCAACCCUCACUAUUAGAUGAUUCGAGAUUUGAACCCAAGGAAUGGGAUCUGUCUGAUAGCCCUGUGUGUGACAAACUGUGUAAUUAUAAAGUGAUGAAAACGUGGAGCUCAGCUUAGCUGUGUUGAAGAAAGGCUGCUUCAGAGGUGCCUUGGUUUUGGGUUUAUGAUCAGCCACUGAGCAGAUACUCUGCACCAUUGGUACAGUCAAAUCAGCUUGCUUCUGGUAAUAGCCCCAAUCUUUGAUAAGACUAUCACAUUUAUCCCUUAUAGGCGGAAAUAAUGAAUGAUCAGCAAAACAUCCAAUUUUACAUUAACCUUGGUACUGAUUUGUAUAUGUAUCAUUCUUUAUAUAAUAGCUAAGAAAAUUUAGCUCAUUAGGGGUUCUGAUAUAUUAGUUUAAUGGUUUGAAGUCAGAAAUGUGUUAGUUUUUAAUUUUAGAGUUAAUUGAAAAUAUCGAGAUGAAUUUACAAAGCCUAUAAGUAAUGUUUGAGAGGGUUAUAAUUUUUGUAGACUCAUAUUGUUCUGAACAUUUGGAUAACUUCUCGUAGUUAGCGGUGUUAAAAAAGAAUAUAUUUGAUUCAGAUAUUUAACCAGAGCUGCUCUUAGUUUUUAAGUGUCACCAAGAGUCAAUAAAAGGCUACAUUAUCUGAACAUGUGGGAACACAACUGUGACCUUACACUUAAGAGACCGAGGAAGGGAAAUCAAGGUUCAAGCCAGCAGCACAUAGUGAGACCAGGUCUCAAGACACAAAAACUAUCCUCCUUAAGGAAGAUUUCAAAAUUUGCCUCAUUAAGAAAUAAAGUAAGAUUUAUAAAUUGGACUAAAUGUCACAUUUUUGAACUUAUGACUGUUUAAUUUUUUGACUUAAAAUUUAAUUUUAUUAUUGUAUGCAUAUGUUGUG